AAAGCCUAUGUCAGCGCGUAGCCACGCCCCACCCGGAAGUGAGCCGUUAGAGGCUGUUGGAAAGGAGCCUUCCGGCGGGGCUGAGUGGAAGAAGCGCUCUGUCUCUCAGCCCAGGCCUCGGUCGCGUCAGGGAUGUGAGCCUUUGGCUUUGGAGCUCCUUUCAGGCCCUGCGCCCCUCGGACCAUGGAGCCCUCUGCCUCGGGUGUCUUCUGCAGCCGGGUGCUCAGCAUGGUCAACUCGGAGGACGUCAACGCCAUCAUCCUGGCACAGAAAAACAUGCUCGACCGCUUUGAGAAAACCAAUGAGAUGCUGCUCAACUUCAACAACCUCUCUGGCAUUCGCAUGCAGCAGAUGAACGAACGCUUCCUGCACCACACCCGGACACUGGUGGAAAUGAAGAAGGACCUGGAUAGCAUCUUCCGGAGAAUCAGGAUGCUGAAAGGGAAGCUAGCCAAACAGUAUCCGGAUGCAUUUAGCAAUAUUCAUGAAUCUCCCAUCCUGGACGACGACGACUUCACCCCAGUCCCCAAAAGCACCGCCACAACCAUUGCUACCUCGGAGCAGAGCACGGAGUCCUGCGACACAAGUCCGGACAUCAUCUCUCCUGCCACCAGUCAUGACUUCGAAGACCUGUCCCAGGGCCCUUACGACUCUCUGGCUGUCAAUGGCCAGAGCAUCACGGACGACGACAAUGAGACAGACUAGGAAGGAGGCGGUUCUUCCGCACUUGCGGCUGGACGAUGCUUGAAACUGAGACCUUCCCUCAUUUGGUUAUUUUACAUCUAUAUUUCUGCGUAGUCUGGGUCAACUGUUUCCGGGAGAAAAGAUGCCGCUUUUUGCAUGAAUCCACCCACUGUCUUCCUAACGGUCCUGAGCUGUGAUUUAGAUAUGCCCAAUUCAGCCAAACCUGGGAUGGGUAGAUCAUAUUUUCUGGUAAAAUCCAAAUUGUGGAGAUGAGAGAAUACAACUGAAUAGCUGAGCAGAGAGGCGGAAUGUCCCUUUUUAGACUACAGCUCCCUGAGUUGCGAUUCUGGGAAUUGUAGUCCCAAAAUAACAUCCCCCCAUUUCUCAACUAAGGACUGUUUACAAGCUUCAGCUCAGCAGCAGUCAUAUUGUAGAUGCUCACUUGUUACCUUCGUGUUUGUGUGGCUAGAGCCCAAACUGUCCUUUUGUAUGUAAAGAGCAAGCAAUGCCACUGAAUGCCCCAGCAAUUUGCACUAGUCCCAAGAAUUAGCACAUGAAAUGCAACCCACCGGUUUAGCUACUCUGAAGGGCAUUCUGCUCACUUGGAUGAGGAGGAAACAUCGCAACUUCACCCUCCUUUGUUCCUCUGAAUAUCCCUGGCCAAGCUUUCUCACCGGCUCCAUCCCAACGAGCAGUUUGUAGAGCCAUUUGUCUGUGUCCUAGGACCUUUUCGUUCCUUGGUUUACUCUGCGUUUUAAUCUAGUUCCAGCAUCUCUCUCCUAACAAAUGCACCUUAUAACAACUAUGUGAAGGACUGUGUACCUAUUGCAUUUGCCUGCGCUGUCGCGUGUCCUGUUUCAAACUCAAUGGUUCCUCCCUUCUGUUCUGACCUUCUACAAUGCCUUCAGUUACUGUGUGCACCUGUGUUCUCUGUUUUAAACCCCUCUCUGUCUUAACAUUGUCGGCACCCUUCGCCGGACCUUGGUACAACUACAUGUUGCGGGCGAAUUGCUUCCCUCGUCUGCUGUCAUCUCUCAAAAUGCAUUCUAAUUCAAAUAAUAAAUAAAAAUAUUUUUGUACUGCUACGAGUUUACAGAGGUGACGAACGGAGGUAAAUAACCAAUAAAAGAUUUAAGUUAAUUGAUA